AUGGCUCAACUCUUCGUCGCUCAUCGCGUCGGUGGGUGGUUACCUCAGGACCACUCAGUCUUACGAGCAUGGCUCGCCGACAAGAUCAAGGCUCUUGAAACGUUCGAUGGCGUUUUUGACCCCGUCAUUACGGAGUUUCAGGAGCUUAUCGAGAAUAACCCAGAAAUUUAUCAAGGGUUCCAUCGUAUGUUCGAUGAGGUUCCCGCCAAGCCUCCUUACAACAACGAUCCUACCGGUCUGCAACCACAAGUCCGCGAUUACAUGACGAUGUUGAGGCUUUUCAACGAUGUGAUUAAGAAGGCACCCGAAUACUACGUUAACCCCGACCUCACGAAAUCAAACGGAUUGAUUGGUUUUCCGAUCAACGCUAUCCUCGACUGGCCGAUGGGUACAACUUCGGGCUUUACUACGUUCAUCAACCCCAAGGUCAACGCCAUGUUCGCCAAAAUGUUCCGAGUAUGGACCAAGUUUCUCCAGUCCCCGGCGUCGUGCAACGUCCUGGUGACCACCGAGCCGUAUGGGUGGUUCAGCCAGGCUGCCGUCACACAAAUGGAAUUGGGCAAGCCUUUCGAUCAGGUGUUCGUUACUAAGUCCCCUAACCCGGACGAGCAUUACGGGUAUGAAUCCUGGGAUGAUUUUUUCACCAGACAAUUCCUGCCAGGCGAACGCCCGCUUCCUCCUCAGGUCCUCAGAUCGUCUCAAUCCGACGCUCUUAUUACCAGUGCGUGCGAGUCGGGCGUUCUUCGCAUCCGGCACGACGUCAAUGCGCGCGAUCAGUUCUGGCUCAAGGGGCAGCCCUACUCUCUGUACCACAUGCUCAACGACGACCCCUUCGCAGAGCAGUUCGUCGGCGGGACUGUGUACCAGGCGUUCCUCAGUGCUAUGAACUACCAUCGCUGGCACAGCCCCGUCAACGGCCAAAUUGAGAAGAUUGUCCUGGUCCCGGGCACGUACUACGCAGAGGCUCCUUUCGAGGGCUUCGAGAACCCAGACGGCGGCCCCGAUCCCGCCGCGCCCGAUCUCUCUCAGGCGUUCAUCACCGCGGUGGCCGCCCGCGCGCUGGUUUUCAUCAGAGCGAACGACCCGAAGAUCGGCUUGAUGUGCUUCAUAGCCGUCGGGAUGUCCGAGGUCUCGUCGUGCGAUGUGACUGUCAGGGAGGGCAAUGUGGUCAAGCAGGGAGACCAGCUCGGGAUGUUCCAUUUCGGCGGUUCAACUCACUGCUUGGUCUUCCGGAAGGAUACCAAUGUUAUCUUCGAGGACUUUGUCAAGAUGAAGGAUGCGAAGGUCAAGCUCAAUGAACUGAUUGCCCAUGUUGAGUAG